AGCAGUGUCAAAUCCCUCAGCCCACAGACGCACGCUCACUCUCCCUAAAGGAGGGAGCGAAGCAGAGAAAGAGGAGGCGAUCUGUGGGCUGAUCUCUGCAGCAGCGUCUGGCUUUCACUACAAGCUCUGUGACUGUUUUUUUUUCUGUGCUUGUUUGCCUAAUUUAUUCCUGCCCAGGCCAGCAAAGGAACAAGAGGAAAAAGGAGGAGAGAAAAAGGACGAGGAGCAGAGUAAAACAGUGGAGCCCGACUCCCUGACAGGGAAUGUAGGGAGCUUCUGGCCUCUGGAUGUGACUGCUUGGUGGACAGGUUCCGACAAAACAAGACAUGAAGAAGAGUGGAACGACUUUAUGACGCUUUGAAAGAGGAGAGGCGACCGUGGCGAAGGAGAUUUCCCAACCCUGCUUUAGUUUUCGGCUUGUUUUCCUCUGUGACAUUUGAUCCCCUGACCUCAGUGGCUUUGAACGAGUUGGAGGGACCACAAGACCUUUAUCUUACGCAGGAAGAGGAGGACAUCUCUGGAAAACUUUGUCACUGCAGAUCUUCUUUCAUUUAAAAAAGGUUGCAGGUAUUGAAACGCCAAAAUAUUUUCUACAAACAUAAGCAGCUAAUGUUGUUUUGUUUUUUUAAAAGACUCGCUUGUUUGAGAGCCUUCUGAGGUGAAAGCAGUUUCUUUUUUUUUUCCCUCUUCACUGCAAGUGAGUCCGGACCAGAACUGUGUCAGAUCAACAGAUAGCACCUCAGCACGACAGGAACUGGUUGGACUAGUUUAAAAGUUGGAGGAGAGGGCAGGGCAGUUUAACCCUGCCUGAAGGAGGGCUGUGUUUUAUUUUCCUUUCACCCGCCUGCCCUUCUGGGAAAAAGUAGCAGCUGGAAAGAGAGGCGAACGGCGCCUUUUUCCAUCUGAAGAGCGAUGGUUUAUGUCUGCGCACCAUGCUGAGGGAUAGGUGAGGCUUUUUUUCCCCUUUCAUCUGGUUAGACUAAGAAAGAAAGUGAAAGGGUGGAAGAAGAAAAAAAGGAGCAGGAGGAAUCAAAGUGUAAUUUAUUGUUUCCUGUAUAAAGGAGCAGGGCUGCACCCUUUUCCUCUGGCCUGAACUCUGAACCACUGAAGUUUUCUCAGAGCUCGGGAACCAUUGAUCAGAGGUCAGGGCAGAGAACAGAGGGGCGAAACAAGAACAGAGAGAGCAGCAGGAUUAAAGAAGAGAAGGGAAAACACUCGGGGAAGGACCUUCGGGUCAACCCAGCCAGACAGCAAAGAGGUGAAAGGUCAACCAGUGACAAAGUUUUCCUCCACUUCUUUAGAGUUUGACUAAAAAAACUGCUUUGGUUGAAAACUCGCCGUCAAACACUUUGAGUCUGGAUUCACUUCUUUUGAUUUUGAGGAGCGCGUGAAGCCGGUGGGACGGGGCAGGUCUGUGUAUGAUCCACCCACAGGGCCGUGUGUCUCGGAGAAUAUGGCCAUGGUGAGCGGGGGAUGGGGUAACCCCAACGGGGACACUAAUGGACUGGGGGAGAAGGCUUACCUGAGAAGGGAGGAAGAGGAUGGGUCACCUCAGGCGGGGAGCAGCGACGUGGACGUCGCGGAUGAGGACAAGGGCUGCGUGGUGGACUGCGUGGUGUGUGGGGACAAAUCCAGCGGGAAGCACUACGGUGUGUUCACCUGUGAGGGCUGCAAGAGCUUCUUUAAGAGGAGUAUCCGGAGAAACCUCAGCUACUCCUGCAGAUCAAACAGAGAUUGUCAAAUCGACCAGCACCACCGCAACCAGUGCCAGUACUGUCGUCUGAAGAAGUGUUUUCGCGUUGGGAUGCGCAAAGAAGCGGUCCAGCGGGGUCGCAUCCCUCCGUCUCACUCAGGAAUCAGUCCAAACUCACUAUCCGGGGGAGUUGGAGGCACCGGCCCAAGCCACAUGGGGGCGGACUACUUCAACGGGCAGCAGGUGUCGGAGCUCAUCUCUCAGCUGCUCCGGGCUGAGCCGUACCCCAGCAGCCGCUACGGGGCCCCGUAUGCUCAAGCACAGAUGCAGGCGUCUGCAAGCGGCACCUCCGUCAUGGGCAUCGACAGCAUCUGCGAGCUGGCUGCCCGCCUCCUCUUCAGUACCAUAGAGUGGGCCAGAAACAUCCCAUACUUCCCAGAACUCCCAGUGUCAGAACAGGUGGCGCUGCUCAGACUCAGCUGGAGUGAGCUGUUCAUCCUGAACGCGGCUCAGUCCGCUCUGCCUCUGCACAUGGCUCCUCUGCUGGCGGCGGCUGGCUUUCACUCUUCUCCCAUGUCAGCCGAGCGCGUGGUGUCCUUCAUGGACCAGGUCAGAGUCUUCCAGGACCAGGUGGACAAGCUGAACAGGCUGCAGGUGGACUCGGCUGAGUACAGCUGUCUUAAGGCCAUCGCACUCUUCUCUCCUGACGCAUGCGGCCUGACAGAUCCGGCCCACGUAGAGUCCCUGCAGGAGAAGGCCCAGGUGGCGCUGACAGAGUACGAGCGGUUGCAGUAUCCCAGCCAGCCUCAGCGCUUCGGCCGCCUGCUGCUGCGCCUCCCAGCUCUGCGUGCAGUGCCGGCUAGCCUCAUCUCCCAGCUCUUCUUUAUGAGGCUGGUUGGCAAAACCCCAAUCGAGACGCUGAUCCGAGACAUGCAGUUAUCAGGGAGUUCCAUCAGCUGGCCCUACGCUCCAGGACAGUAAGCCCCGCUGGGCUCCUAAGAGAGACAGACGGAGAUCUGAUUUGGAGCGAUAAGAGCUCACAAAGAUUUCAGUGAAGAACAAAGUGAAUGUCAUGAGCACAGACUGUGGUUUCAGCGAUUGAAAAGCCUCUUUAGGGUCACCUUUUUUUCCACAUUUAUCUCUGUAAAGUUUGGCCGGAAACACACCAAAGACGCUUUCAGGGAAACACAGUGUUUGAUUGUUUCCACGCAUAUAUUUAUACUGCAGCACUUGUCCAUCUUGCUCUUACCUCUGGGGAUCUUUGUCUCACUCCAAAUGGGCAGGGCUUUCAUGAAAAUGCAGACUUUCACAUGAGGACAUGUGCCUCUUCUACCUCCUCUCAUAUGACCCCUAAUGUGACUCCGUUUGAACCCAGGCUCUGUCUGUGUGUGUGUGUGUGUGUGUGUGUGUGGGUGUGUGUGUGUGUGUGUGUGUGAGUUGUCUCUGCUGGGGCGGAUCUUUCCAUGAACACAGAUCAAAUCAUUCACAAAGUUUUGUGGGUCUUAAACCUGUGUGGGCCAAACGAACAGAUUCUGUUACACAUCAUAUUGGUGAGUCCAAUGAGUAUAUUGCACGGAUGAAAAUUUGGUCAUACAUGGAUAUACAUGGAAAAAGUGAGAAAAGCUGUGGUCUUUCACGUAAAAUUUUCACUAAGGUGUAUCAUGAAUGAACCACGUUGAAACCACAGAAGUACGAAUAAACCACUCAAGAACACAUAAAUCAACGUAAAAGCCAAAUUCGUGUGUGAAUUAUGUAAUUUUUAAUGUGCUAUGAGAGCCGUAUGCACAAUAUUAAAUUUACUCAUCGGUGGUACGUACGUGAAAAGUCCAUUAGACAUUUGUGGAAUGGUCGUGGGAAACCACAAAUUUGCAAAAAUUGCGCACAAUUGCGUAAGGUUUAUGUAAUAAUUGCGUAUAAACUACGUAUAAUAAGCGUAAACUGCAAAAAUUACAAACAGCUCAAAACCAAAUUCAGCCGAAAUGCUCAACGAACAUCUGCCCACAUCAAGGAAUGACAAACGCAGGAAACACUCGUGAAUUCCACAUAUCACGCAUGGAUUACGACAUCGAACUUUCAUAUGUGGAAAAUGCACAAAAUAUACAGUGUGGCUGUGUGACACGGCUUUUACAGCAUAAAAGUACAUUUUACAUUUGCUCUGUAGAUACUAUAUAUAUUUUGGAUGUUGUUAGAGGACUAGUUUGUACUUCUCAAAGUUGUCCUCUCUGUUCGGUACUUUACACCACGUUGGCACAGCCCCGUGCACAUGAACUUAAACGCACCCUGGUUGUUUGGACAGUCACAUCCCUGUCUUAUAUUAUUACCUCAAAGUUUUAUACAACCAAGACACAGAUUGUAUGGUAAAAUACUCAUGCAAACCAUAAAGAAGGGAUCAAGCGAGGCGAUAUUAUAAAAGAAAAACAAUUUUCCUGAAAGCUCCUUUUUAUUUUCCGCCAAAAUGUCUGUUAAAGUUUGAACUUGACACAAAAUGCUUGAAUUUAACCUUUUUUUUUUUUCAGUCUGUUGAGUCAAUUUUUUUAUUUUCUUUCACUCUUUUACCCCCCUUUUAAAAGCAUGAUGGACAGAAGUGAUUUUAGGAUAUGUGAUCAUGCAAAGUACUCCGUUGUUGAGAUGUGAACAUUUCGGUAUGUCUCGAUUCAAUUGGUACUCAGAGCUUUGUGAUAUUGGUGCCAUGAACUGCUGCUCCCAAGUGUGAACGAAUUCACUGUCUUGCCAAAAUCAACUGACUGAAAUAAGAUGAAAGUGUAAUAAACAAAAAAACAUGUUCUGCUAUGAAUUAUUUUGUGACAGAAAGAGGACAGAUGUUAUCCCUGAUGCUGUCAACAUCAUCAUCCUCAUAUAAUGUUUUUGUUGGCAUUCAAGCUUCAGCUAUGUGAGUGUGUAGUUCACAUUUUUAAGAUGUAUUUCUACAACCUGCCCAAGCAAAAACAAAACAAAAAAAAAGGUUUGGCAGACAUGUUUGAAUGUGUGUGAUUUUAAAAAAUAUUCAUUUUCUGUUAUGAAUUGUGUUGGGAGAAUCAGUAAAUUUAACAAAAACAACUGA